AUGACAAUUAAAUGUUUAAAGCAUCAAAAAUCACCGAAAUUCAUUUGUUACCAAUGUAAUAGUUUGAUGUGUUCAAUAUGUAUCAGUAUUCAUUACCAAGCUCAUCCUGAUCAUUCAGAAUGGGAACAUAUUGAUCAGAUCAAAGAUUCAUUGAGUAAUUUUAAUGUAGAUAAUAUUAUUGACACCAAAACCAAUAAUGAUAUCAAUAGUGACAAUAGUAAUAACUUCCUAUCGCAAAUCAAUAUUAAACUUAAAUCGAUAUGGGAAUCACUUUGUUCAUCUACAUCAAGAUUUCAAUCAUUAUCAACAACAGAGAAUGAAAUCAAAGAACACUUUGAACAGUUGCAUCAAUAUCUCAUUAGAGAACAGCAUAAACUACAAAGAGAUAUUAUCAAUGAUAAACAUACACUCACAAAUUCAAUCGAUUAUAAUAUUAAUCAUUUGAAAUAUUUAAUAAAUAUUAUAAAGAUAUUUAAUAAAUUAAAUAAUAAUAACAAUAAUAAUAGUGAUAAUAGUGGUGAUUAUAAUCAGUCAAUUAUUGAAGAUACAACAUCAUUGUACUCAACAGCAACAAUAAUGAAAUCAAUAACAUCCAGUUCAUCAUUACAAUCAUUCAUCAAUGAUAACAAUCAAACGUUGUUUAAUUAUGAUAAAAAUAAUAACUAUUUAAAUAUUGAUGAACUUAUCAAACAACAUGGCGAUGAUUCAAAAUUACUAUUAUUAGAUAUCAUUCAUAAAUACAACAAUCAAUUUAAAUCAACAACAGUCACUGACAAUAAUGACGAUUCAAUAUCAUCUUAUAAAUUAUCAAUCAAACAACAUGAUUUCAAUCAAUUGAAUUCAAUUAUUGAAAAUUCAAUCAAACUUGAUAAAAUUGUAUCAAACAGCAAUGAUAAUAAACAAUCAUAUAUUUUCACAACUCACAAAUCAAAAGGAGCAACACUGAUCAACACAUCAAACAACUAUUCAAUUGAAGAACUACAGUUUGAUUACAAAUUUUCUUGUACUUACUCCUCGAUUGUUUCAGUUGGUGAAUAUAUCUAUAUAUUCGGGGGAUACACCAGUACUUUAAAAUGGAUUAAAAUUUCUACCAAAUCCAAGUCAAUAGAACAUAUUGGUGAAAUCGAAGGAAUCAAAGGUGAUUAUUAUAUAUCAGUUUGUUAUGAUGGCCAAGAUCAUAUCUACUUAGUGAAUGGAGCCCACAGAAAAAAUAGAAUUGAUAGAUUCAACAUCCAUACAAUGAAGUUCGAAUCAUAUCAUCAUUUACUUGAAGGAUAUGAUCGUCAAAUAUCAUCGAUGAUUUUCAAAGGUUCAUUAUAUUCAAUAUCAUAUGAUCAAAAUAAGCUAUUUCAAUUCGAUUUGACAAAUAAAACGAUAAUAGAUCAUCAAAUUGACAUUAUACCAUACUCAGCAUGUCAUGAUAACAAUGGAAAUUUCUUUAUAUUAGAUUCAUCCAACAAACAAUUCAUCAAAUAUAACGUUGAAACCAAACAAACUUUCAAUCUCAAUGCUAUUCCUCUCACAAAUGCACAGUAUUCAUGCGUAAUGUAUCAUCGAGAAUCACCGGAAUCAAGCUGUAUCUAUUCAUUUGGUUCAUCCAAUGAUUGUAAUUUCAAAUACUCAAUUGAAUCCAAUCAAUGUGAACCAUUCUUUCGAGAUAUUGAUAAUCAAGAUCGACAAUGGUGUGCAUCUACAACAAUUACACCAUAA